GGCGCACCGCGUUCAGUCUCCGUGCCUCUCCCCAGGUGAACGACUCACAGAAAGAAGUUUGGCAUGACAUCCUCCUGAACCGAAGCUGCUGUGAUGAGAUUCUCUGUCCUAGGAUCAGUGUGUGGUCUGCUCUUGCUGUUGCCUGCGUGCCGGGGGGAUGAAGUUACCUCAGACACAGUGAACCCGUGCUGUUAUUUGCCCUGCCAGCACUGGGGUGCGUGUGUUCGGUAUGGUGAGGACAAGUACGAGUGUGACUGCACGCGUACCGGCUACAGCGGAGAAAACUGCACCGUCCCCGAGUUCUGGACCAGAGUGCGGCUGCUCGUGAAGCCCAGUCCAGAUGUGCAGCAUUACGUUCUCACACACUUCAACCGGCUCUGGGACGUCAUCAACUCCUCCUUCCUGCAGAACGUCCUCAUGCGGCUGGUUCUCACAGUAAGGUCCAACUUAAUACCCAGUCCACCAACCUACAACUCUAAAUAUGGCUACCUCAGCUGGGAAUCCUACUACAAUCUCAGCUACUACACUCGGAUUCUGCCCCCAGUGCCCAAGGACUGCCCCACACCUCUGGGGGUCAAAGGCGAGGCCGGGCUGCCCGACCCUGAGCUGCUGGUCGACAGGCUGCUGAAGAGAAGGACGUUCAGGCCCGACCCGCAGGGCUCCAACCUGCUGUUCGCCUUCUUCGCGCAGCACUUCACCCACCAGUUCUUUAAGACCUACAAUCGCAUGGGAGUGGGUUUCACCAAGGCUCUGGCGCACGGGGUGGAUGCAGGGCACGUUUACGGAGACAACCUGCAACGUCAGCUUCGGCUCAGGCUCCACAAGGACGGGAAGCUCAAGUAUCAGUUAGUCAAGGGCGAGAUGUACCCUCCCUCUGUGGCCGAUGCCCCCGUUCGGAUGAGCUACCCCCCGGGCGUCCCUCCCAAGGCCCAGAUGGCCAUCGGUCAGGAGGUGUUCGGACUGCUGCCGGGUUUGGGGAUGUUCGCCACGCUGUGGCUGCGGGAGCACAACCGGGUGUGUGACAUCCUGAAGGCGGAGCAUCCCACCUGGGACGACGAGCAGCUCUUCCAGACCACGCGCCUCGUCAUCAUCGGCGAGACGAUAAAAAUAGUGAUCGAGGAGUACGUGCAGCACCUCAGUGGGUACCUGCUGCAGUUGAAGUUUGAUCCCACCCUGCUGUUCAACUCCGGCUUCCAGUACGGGAACCGCAUCGCUCUGGAGUUCAGUCAGCUGUACCACUGGCACCCCCUGAUGCCCGACAGCUUCCUCAUCAACGGAGACGAGCUGUCGUACAAGCAGUUCCUCUUCAACAACUCCGUGCUCACCGACUACGGCAUUGAGAAGCUGGUGGACGCCUUCUCUCGGCAAGUUGCAGGCCAGGUCGGCGGUGGCUAUAACAUCCAUGCCGCGGUGACCAACGUGGCUGUGGUGACCAUCAAGGAGUCCCGCCAACUCCGCAUGCAGCCCUUCAACGAGUACAGGAAGCGCUUUAACCUCCAGCCGUACACGUCGUUCAGUCAGUUCACUGAUAACGAGGAGAUUGCCCGCGAGCUUGAAGAACUCUACGGGGAUAUUGAUGCUAUGGAAUUUUAUCCCGGCAUGAUGUUGGAGAAAACCCGCCAGGGGGCCAUUUUUGGAGAGAGCAUGGUGGAGAUGGGUGCCCCCUUCUCCCUUAAAGGGCUCCUCGGGAACCCUAUUUGCUCUCCGAGCUACUGGAAGCCCAGCACGUUUGGGGGACAAGUGGGCUUCGACAUAGUGAACUCUGCCACGCUGAAGAAGCUCGUCUGUCAGAACACGAGGACGUGUCCUUAUGUGGCGUUCAGAAUACCGACCGAGGAGCAAUCCAAACGAGGGAAUGGUGACAGCAAAACAAGGACCGAUGAGCUUGCCGUUGUCAUGACGACUCUGGAUGACAGGAUUCUGGGGGAGAAGCUGCAGUACUACUACAGCAGCAGUGAGGACGAAGGCAGUGACAACGAGGAAGAGGAUGGCGAGAACAAGACCAUCCGAGACGCUAACGUCGAGGAGCCGGAAAUAGAAUACAGCGCAGAUGGAAGUGCUGUCAACACAGGACCAAAGGGUGUCAUCAAUGACUGGAGGAAGUACAAGCAGCUGGAGGUGGAGCAGAAACAAGAGCAGAAACAAGAGAUGGAAAGACUGAUCAAGAAGCUGUCGAUGACCUGCCGCUCCGAUCUCGACCUGGAAAAAGACAAAGACAAACAGAAAGAGCUGAAGGAGAAAAUCAAAGGCAAAAUGACCAUGCAAGAGUACAACAUGCUCCAGGAGGAAGAGGACGACGAGGACUUCCUCCAGCACUACCGCAUGCAGCGCAUCGAAGAGAUGCGGCGCCAGCUCUGCAGCGGCAAGCGCUUCGCGCAGGUCUACGAGCUCGCCAGCGGCGAGGACUUCCUGGAGGCUUUGGACAAGGAGGACAAAAGCACGCUGGUCAUGAUCCACAUCUACGAGCCCGACAUCCCGGGCUGCGAGAGCAUGAGCGGCAGCCUGAUGUGCCUGGCCCAGGAGUACCCGCUGGUCAAAUUCUGCAGCGUGCGCAGCUCGGCCAUCAGCACCAGCGCGCUGUUCAGGGACAGCGCUCUGCCCGCCCUGCUCGUCUACAAAGGCGGCGACCUGAUCGGCAACUUUGUGCGGGUGACCGACCAGCUCGGGGAAGACUUCUUCGCCGUGGACGUGGAGGCCCUGCUGCAGGAGUACGGCAUGCUGCCCGACAAGCCCUCCGGGGUCCCGAAGACGGUCCGCAACGGAGCCAUUGUGCAGAACACUGUGAGCGACGACGACUCCGACCUCGAUAUAGACUAGAGCCGCGCGAGAGUCUCUCCGGGAGCAUGUGCGCACGGCCUGCACGGAGAAGAGAUGAUUUUUUUGAUGUAUAUGGAGCGUUGUGGGAUGACCGAUUUGAGCCGGGAAGCUUUGUUGCUACUCGUACAGCCGGCAUUGAAGCAGAACCAAAAGUAAAUGCACACAAGGGAUCACGGCCGGAGGGUUCUCCUCAUGGCAUCGAUCAAAAGUUAGUUAGAGUGAAUGAUGUAGAUAUUACUUUAAAUGUUUUGUUUCAGCUGUGACUGUCAGUUAUUUAUUCAUUGUGUUUAAACACAAUCCGUUUUUGUUUCGUUUGCAUCUUUUAUUGUAUUAAAUAUUUCACUCUGUAGAAUCCAAA